AUGAUUGCGGACCUGGCGCUUCCAUCCACUGUCGUUUUCGCAAUUGACAACAAGCAGCGCCAGCGUCGCAAGGCCAUGCAGAUAACACCAAAAGCGCAGCUUCUCGAAGAGACUGAACAAUAUUACAGCGAAGAAUCGGGUUUGGAUACGAAUCAUCAUGGGAGUCGCGGGGUAACGAGUAUGCUCCAGCAAAGUGACAAGGUGGCAAGCACAACAGGACAGCAACGUACUAAAAGAAGUCCUUCGAUUAGAUGAAUAACUGUUGCCAGAUUGAUGCAACUUCUAAUGACCACGGCAGCAAGUCCUUUAUAAAUAUCUUUCUUGUGCUGGUCCUUUAUGUCUCUUCCCGUCUUAACGCAUUCGAUCCUUUUUCAAUGAAGACCCAUCAAGUUUAGGAAAGGGAUAAAGAUAUGUCAGCGUAUGAUGUAAAUUUGAAAGAACUACUAGGGGACGCAUUUUCAUCCUUGUGAAUUCAAUAGGUUUGCUCAAAGCAGUG